AUGAUUUGGGCAGCAUUCUUCAUAUGUGGAUUCUUAUGUACAAGCUCCCAGUACCUAUACGUGAAAGAAAGCGAUCGCUGUACCAGUAGUGGAAAAACUAUGGUACAAAUCCGAGAACUUCUGCUCCAACAAGAGAGGAUCCAAAAAUCUGUAGAUUCCCUGAGGCAGAUGGUGAAGAGACUUGAGGAAAAUACAGGCAAGAUCCAUGAAGAUGUCGAAAUGGUCAAGAGAGGUUUAAAACUUCAUACAGAUUGUCAGGAUUAUUAUGUACACGGUCACAAAGAGUCUGGCGUUUAUCUCAUAGAUCCCUUCGGAAACAGCAGUCUAGUAACAGUUUUCUGUGAUACGGAGACAGAGGGCGGAGGGUGGACGACAGACUUGGAGAAAUGCGUCCAUGUGUCCAUGUGUGCAGAGCCACUGAAGUCUCCAAGGAGCAGAACAAGGACAAUUCAACCACAGGCAACAGGGAUAUCUGUGCAUGCAAGAAGAUUUUCAAGAAACAGCCACAAAAACAACAGCAACGGACAAGAGGCACAAGCGGGACCAGAACACUGA